AUGGAUGUAUCAAAAGUCUAUAAAACUGCUCAGAAAUACGCAGAAAAUCAUGACAAUUCAAUCGAGUGUAUCGAAAACCCUAAAAUGUUGGAUUAUAUUAGUGAUGGAAAAAUAUCAAAUAUUAGUGCUGUUUCAGAUAAUUUUAAGGACGUUCAGAGGAAAGAAGCAGCGCAAUCUAAUAUUGAAGGUGAUAGCGAAUUAUCAUCGAACCACGAGAAAAAUAUACAAUUAGAAACAAUCGAAAACGAGUUCGAGGGAUUAAAAUAUAUAAAAAACGAAUUUAUCACUGAUAAAGUUCAGAAAAUCGCCGACAGGAACAAGUUAAGCAAUGAUCAGAUAACAACGAUCAAAGCCGAAAUUAACAAGGUUCAAAACGAAAUGCAAAUUACAAACGAUGGGAAAAUAACUAAAGAAUUGGACAAUGCUACUUAUUUUAAAGCCAUCGUAGACAAAAUGGCGGAAAUCCAUAGCCACAUCGACCAGUUUAAAGUGGUAGUAGAAGGUUUGAAGCUCACGCUCGAAGACGCGUGUGAAAACAAAGAAACGAUUACAGAGAUAAUGGAAGUGUCGGAGUAUUUGAGGGCUCAUUAUGCUAUUCAAGUCACCGAAAAUCAAAGAAAUUUUACCGAGCAGAUAAAUAAACACGACAGCGAAAUCAACCAGUUAAAAGCGUACGCGGAUAUUAAAAUUAAAGAAGUGGAUACGCUGAAAAAACGUGCUAGAGAUCAGAAACUUCACAUCGAUUCUUACGAAAAAUCGAUGCAAUGCAUCACUGAUAAGUUAUCAAAUGUAUCUUCGUACAUAAAGCAACUGCAGAAUGAAUAUGAUCAAUUAUCCGCGCCAAACGAGAAGCAAAAAGAUUUUUUUUUGCUAUUAGUUGAAAAAUUGGAAGAAAUAGAAAAGUUAUAG